CAUGCGAGCAUGACCCUCGACAGCCUCGACGACGGCACAAAACUCGAGGCAGCAUACACCCACGCUCUCCACUCCGCCCUUGCCUUCUUCAAGGCCCUCCACUCCUCCACCCCCUCCCCCGCCUGGAAGCCCGUCGCCCUCCCACAGCCCGCCCAGAAACACGCCAGACACACAGCAGGCCUCGCGAAGCUUGCCGCGGCAGAUGUCGCCGUCCACAGGCGGAGCGCAAAGCACGGCGACGUCUACCGUGCGACAGUAGACGUCGACUGUGGAAGCGACAUAAGUGUGGACACCUUUAGAGGAUGCCUCGCUACACCGGAAACGAGGCCGCUAUGGGACCGUAUGGUCGAAGAGGCUGUCACGCUGGACCUGCUGGAUGCCCACACGAGGGUGACCAAGACGAACUACAGACUCGGGUGGCCGUCAAGUCCCCGCGACACAGUGACAAUAUCCAAGACGCUCGUCGAUUCCCAUACCAUCAUAGACAUCUCCACCUCUCUCCCUCGGUCUCGCCACGAGCCAUCCUACCUUCGGCCGUCUCCACCCUAUGUCCGUGCCCACGUUUCCCUUCUUGCGUGGUGCAUCCAGCUCCCCUCAUCUUCAUCUGCCGACAACAUACCGGACGGCAAAGCCCGUAUAUCCUGCUUCUGGAGCUGGAAUCCGAAAGGAACUUGGGCCGUCGGCGGAGGCGUUCCACAACAUCUUCCCUCCUUGAUUGUAGGACUGGUCGACUAUAUCCGAGACAAGAGUGAUCGUGUUCCCGUGCUUCUGGGCUAUGGUCCAGACAUCUCCAUAGGCUCAGUAUCGUACGACACGUCCCGCGUCACUCUUGGUGUCCAUUACGCAAUCGUCAACAAUGGGGCAGAAAACGCAGAGACAGAAAGUCUCAGACGGCAAGUAGAGUUUGGUCUGUCUUCAACGCAGAGCUGGGACAUACAGAUCACCGUGAAAACACAGUCAGGCAAGGAUACGCCCUCGACAUUCUGGACUUCGUUUGUCGGUCAAGCUCCAACCGUUGACCCGAACGCUCGCGCACCCAAGAGACUCAUCCUCCGGUUCGCCCAUUCACCGUUGGAGCCCGGCGAAGAGCUUGUGCGUGUAAACAUGUCGAUUGAACAAACCACGGGAUCGACAGCAGGAGUGCGCAUCAAUGGUAUCCCCAUCACUAUUGAGCGUAUGCAACCCACAGACGAAACAGGCCAAGGGCCCAAAAGACCGUUAUUAGAGGACACUGCCAGCAUGACGGGCGUCUCCCUGAGGACGAUCAGUACCACGGUCGACAAGCAAGAGGAACGGAAUGAUGAGAGGGAAGAAGUAGUUCAAAAGGGAAUAUCGAGCUUGGUGAAACGGAACUAUAUCUAUUUUACAUCCUUGUUACAAGAACCCGAACCCAAAUGGAAGCCGGUACUAGACUCUAGGGGAGUCGCGAUUCAUCAACUUGAUUCCAUAGAUAAAACGCUCGUCGUCUACCGCGCGGAAGCUGUCUUUGUCGGUGUAGGGAUAUGGGAUCUCUUUGCGGUGAUUGCUACUCCAGGAGCGCGACCGGUAUGGGAUAAGACUCACGAGGAAGCGUCUUUGGUAGAGGACGUCAAUGAACUGACGGAUAUAUGGCAUAUGCAGUCGAAAGCUGCCUGGCCUGUAUCCGCGCGUGACUCUGUCAUGCUCCGAACAACUUACAAAUCUCCUUCUUCCGUCCAUCUGUUUGGAUUCUCGAUCGACGACACCACCCUUUUCCCUUGCAUCCCUCCAUCUACCGAUCCCACAGUCAUCCGUACCCAGAUCGAUCUCCAGGGAUGGUCAAUCGAAUCCCUAUCACCCAAUACCACGCAGGUCACCCUUCUGGAGCAGUCGGACCCUAGGGGAUGGUCAGGUAAGGGAAGUAUACCGCAAGUCAUGCUCGGAACAUUGGCAGGUAUAGGAGAAUUUGCCAUCAAGCAUGGUGGCCCUCCCGUGUGUACCCGGCUGGGUGGAGCUAAAUCCCUUGCUUCGCGAUACGAUGUGGAGUCGGAGACGUUUAGGUUUGAAUACCAGCCUGCGAAAGCGAGGCGUUCUGCAUCAUCCAGUAUCGCCACGUCAUUCCCGUCCUCUCCGCCUUUGCUGAUGAACCUCAAGGGCGGCGGUGGUGGUGAAUCCGGUAGCGAUGAGAGUUCUUUACGAUCGGUCAGCACGGAGGGGUCAAAGGAAACUGUAGAGUGUGAGAUUCGAUGCGAUGCUGAUCAAUGGUCUUCCUCAUUUGCCAUUGUGAUCGAUCCGCCCCAACAAUCCAUCUCCGCUCUCAAAAGACACAGACUCUCGCCUAAUGGAGGGGGUUUAUGGUUGACUAUAGAGCAUGACCCCGCUUUGCUCAAGAGUAACGGGAAAGUGGUCAUCACCGUCAGAAGAGGCGCGCCAACUUCCAGUUCAAAAACAUACGUCACAGUCAACGGGAGCAAGAUUAAAGUGGACGUUGAAGAUUUACCAGAGGCCAAGGUGCAACUGCUCAAAAAGCAAAAACGAGCUC